AUGUCUAAUAUUCGUAUGCUUGAUAAAACCGAAGAAGGAGACGCCGAUGUCCAAGUGUCUUGGGAAGAUCAGAAGCAAAUCAACGAGUUCAGUAAAUACAAUGCCAGAAUCGAAGAUCUCGAAGAGCAAUACGAGAAACUAAAGCAAGAAAAAGAGUACCUGGACGACGUGUCAAUGGAGCUUGAAUUGGCAGAUGAAGAUGAACCCAUUCGACACAAGAUUGGCGAUGCGUUUGUUCACAUUCCUGUCUCGGAAGCACUGGAACGGGUGGCCAAGGACUCAGAAAAGCUGGAACAAGACUUGGAAAACUUGCGCACCGAAAUUGAUACCGUUCAUGGUAAAAUGGAUGAACUCAAAAGCAACCUUUAUGCGAAAUUCGGUAAUGCCAUCAAUCUUGAAAAGGAUUAA